AUGUCGAUCUUGAUUAACCACAGUGGCAAGCUUUUCGGCAAGAAGGCACCUACCAUAAAGGACAUAAUUUGCAAUCAGGAGGUGGUUCUGGCUGCUGUGGAAGGAUGUCAUGGGAAACCUCGGAUCAGUCCAUACACGGUGAAAAGUGCACUUCUGGAUGUGUACACCCGGAAACGCAUAUUUCCAGAAGGUAUUGUGGCUGAGAUCCCGGCUGUUCAAGAUUGGUCGCUUAAGAACGGCAUUGCCCUUUCUCGCUUGGUAUCCCGACUCCGUCGCCUCUUGAAGCGUUCUUCCAAGUCCAAGUACAAGAAGAUGACUGCGAUCAAGGAAGCAUGUCGUGCCCGGGGAUGGGACGUUUCGCCCAGUUCAGGAUCUGUGAAACCUGGAUGUGGUGAUCCAGAAGGCCUCGUCGAGCUCCCUGCAGGGCCUGGGAGCGUGGGCAAGGAUUGCGAUCUCAGCAGUGACAUUGCUUCAUCAACAACAUCAUCGUCAUCAUCAUUGAGUAGUGCUAGACUGGAAAGGAUUGUGGAACAGUUGCGGAAAGUCAAGAUGGCGUGUGAUCAACCUGAUCGUGCAGUGGUUCCUGUGAGUGAGGAAAAACCACCAACACCAAGUUCAGACAAAGUGGAUUCUGAAAAGGUCAAGUAUGUCUUAGCCAAGCUCAAGCACGGGGGUCCAAAAACUUCGGAACCGGUCACCAAGCAUGAACCACAGAACCCAUCGGAGACGAACGUAUCGGUGACCAGUGAUGCACCACAGAAACCGUCGGUGAUUGGUGAUCCAAAGAACCAACACGUGAUACCUGACUUUGUCUUGCGUGGUCUUGCAGCAGCAGCUGCGCCAGUGGAGCCCUUUCGCUUGCAGGAUCAGUACGUAUCUUCAAUCGCCAAGGCCAAGGCUGAGCAUGCUGAGGCCCCUGACGAGCAUGAGUCUGAGGCAGAGGCUGCAGAAGUGGCACCUCCCAAUGGGGCACCGAAAUCCAAACCAAAGAAAAAAUCCGAUUGUGAUUACAAGUCUAUCCGUGAUAAUUUCAUUUCCCAAAAGAAGGCUGAAGGUUACACCUAUUCCAAAGCGAAAUCGCUUUGGGGCAAUUCUUCUGAGAAGGCAUCAUUUUUGGGUAGCGCUUCGCUGCAGGAACUUAAGAAAAGGAAAUUCGUCCCAAAGGGGUCAACAUCCAACCCUUGGGCAACAAAGGCCUAA